CCCAUAAGCUACGGGCGCUCUCGCAUCCCCCUCCGCCGUUUUUGUAGUCUGGCCCGGGAUCUUCUUUGGAAGCGCAUUCUCCUUUUGUUACUGACGCAGUAUCGGACGUGGGGUUCCCGACCGAGGCAAGGCAUGCGACUCUUUCUGUGUGCCGUCGUCGCGUUUGUGUUCGGCGUAGGUCACGUACAUGGAUCUCAGCUGCUUGAAAGGUUACGGAACUCCGUUUUGCCAACCGCAAACCAUCCCAUCAUUCUAGUACCCGGCGAUGGAGGCAGUCAGCUGGAGGCCAAACUGGACAAACCAUCAGCGGUUCAUUACUUCUGUGAGCGCAAGAGCGCCACAUACUUCGACUUGUGGGUGAACUUGGAGCUCAUGGUGCCGUACGUGCUCGAUUGUUGGGUCGACAACAUUAGGCUGGUGUACGAUAACCGGACAAGACGGACCCGCAGUCCUGCAGGCGUGGACAUCCGAGUACCAGGUUUUGGCAACACCUCCACGAUCGAAUGGCUGGACCCCAGUCAAGUGGCUCCCACCGCCUACUUCACCAACAUCGUGGAGGAGUUCAUCUUGCAGGGCUACCAGCGCGGUGUUAACAUACGAGGAGCACCCUACGAUUUCCGGAAAGCUCCCAAUGAGCUGUCAGACUACUUCGCCCGGCUUAAGGACCUGCUCGAGGAGACUUAUGCCAUCAAUCAGAGGUUGCCUGCAGUACUGGUGUGCCACAGCAUGGGCUGCCCAAACAUGCGCUAUUUCCUAAGCCGGAUGGACCAGGCCUGGAAGGACAGGCACAUCAAAGCGCUCGUAUCCCUCGGAGGGGCAUGGGGCGGCGCUGUCAAAGCGCUCAAAGCCUUUGCGUCAGGUGAGAACCUUGGCGUCGUCGUCAUCAAUCCACUGACCGUCCGUGCUGAGCAACGAUCUGCGCCCAGCCUCGCAUACAUGAUGCCCGACCGUAACUACUGGGCUCAAGACGAAGUGCUCGUCUCAACGUUGAAGCGGAACUACACCAUUGCAGACUACCCGCAGUUCUUUCAUGACAUUGACUUUCCAGAAGGCUAUGAAAUGUACAAGGAUACCAGGCCUUACAUGAUGGACCUCACACCUCCAGGUGUUGAGAUACACUGCCUCUUCGGUCAGAACGUCAGCACAAUCAACAGCAUCGCCUACCGCAAAAGUGGUUUCCCUGACAUCCAGCCAGAAAUAGUCUUUGGUGACGGAGACGGCACCGUUAACAUCCGAAGCCUCUUGGGCUGCCAGAAGUUCAGAGCUCUUCAAGCUCAACCAAUCAAUGUCAAAGCAUACCCUGGCGUCGACCAUAUGGGCAUUCUGUACAACAAGGAAGCUAUCAACUACAUCAAGACAAUAGCACUACGUGACUGAAAUAGAACCUCAAAUGAACUCAACUUUUCGUUUCACUCAAACAGUGGAUAAACUCAGGGUCAAAGGCCGCCAAGGUGCAGCUUGGCAGUGCUCCCGGGUUCUUAACUGUGGCGGUGGCCUCGUGCGAGUCACGGGUAGUGCAUUGAAGAACCUACGUGCAUGCAUAUGAACAACUGUACAUACACGACUGCUGACAGAAAUUUAAAAAUGAUAAUAAAUUAUGUGAUAUUA